GCAUGAGCCGGGAGUUGUUUCUACGCAUUGUCAAUGCGCUAGAAGUCGAUCCUUACUUCCAACAACGUCCGGAUGCUGUUGGCCGGGUGGGCUUCUCCCCGAUCCAGAAGUGCACUGCCGCUAUUCGACAAUUGGCAUACGGAAAUUCUGCUGAUUGUUGUGAUGAAUAUCUCCGUAUAGGAGAGACGACGGCGUUGGAAUGCUUGAAGAAAUUCUGCAAGGCCGUCGUUCGUAUCUUUGGCGGCACGUAUUUGAGGCGGCCAACAACUGCCGAUGUGCAACGCAUCACUGCAAUGCACGAAGCCCGCCAUGGGUUCCCGGGAAUGUUGGGGAGCCUAGACUGCAUGCAUUGGGGAUGGAAGAAUUGCCCCGUUGCUUGGCACGGCGCCUACACUCGAGGGGAUCAAGGCGAGCCAACAAUUAUAUUAGAGGCCGUUGCUUCACAAGAUUUAUGGAUCUGGCAUGCAUUCUUUGGAGUCGCUGGGUCCAACAACGACAUCAACGUGCUCCACCAGUCCACGCUAUUCAACGAUGUUUUAGCGGGGCAUGCAGCGGCUGUGCACUUCCUCGCCAACAAUUCUCACCACACUCGAGGAUACUACUUAACAGACGGCAUCUAUCCGGACUGGCCGGUGUUCGUGAAGAGCUUCCAGUUUCCGAACGAUGAGAAGAAGCGGAGGUUCAAGGUGAUGCAAGAAGCUGCAAGGAAGGAUGUGGAACGAGCUUUCGGUGUUCUUCAGGCUCGGUGGGGUAUAAUUAAGGGACCGUCACGUUUGUGGAAGUCGGAGCAAAUGAGUUCGAUCAUGUUUGCAUGCAUCAUAUUGCACAACAUGAUCAUUGAGGAAGAAGGUGGAAAUGCAAGUAAUUUCGACGGUGACGACGGCGAGGGACCAAGUUCUACUCCUCAAACACAAUUCAAUUCCGGAGCACCACCGGAGUUCGCCGCCUAUUUGGCACGGAAUGCAAGCUUGAAGGAUGCACGAUUGCAUGCUCGCCUCCGCGACGAUUUGGUUGAGCAUAUAUGGGCACGCUUUGGUCCGGUUGACCCGUAGUUCGACGGCUUUAAAUUAUUCGAAAAUUGGAUGUUUUAAAUAUUUGUUGUUUUUUUUUUAAUUUUAUUUGUAAUGUUUGGAUUUUUAAUUGAAUGAAUUUUAUGUUGUUAAAAUUGAAGUUGUUUAAUUUAAAUUGAAAAAUGAAUAAAAGUAAAGAGAAAAUGAAAUUAAAAUCUAUUGCACCCGGGUGGGUGCAAUACCAUUGUGGGAGUGGGUGCAAUAGAAGUGGGACCCAUGGUAUUGCACCCACUAUGGGUGCAAGCA